GCUGGGCUGGACUGAGCGGAGUAGAUCGUGCAGCCUCCCCUUCCCCGCCGGGCGGGCGCCGGACGGCCGCGGCGCUGCGAGGGAAAGCCGGGGGCCGGGAGCAGGGCCAUGAAGGUGAAGAAGGGUGGCGGAGGAGCCGGGGCCUCGGCCGGGUCGGAGCCGGGGCCGGGGGCCACGGGCUCCAAGGACGACGAACCGGAAUCGGAGCCGGAGCCCCCGGCGCUCCGGGGGAAGGCGCUGAUCGGGCCGGAGGAUGUGCUGGGGCUCCAGCGCAUCACGUGCGAUUACCUCUGCUCUCCUGAGGAGAACGUCUACAAAAUUGAUUUCACCAGAUUUAAGAUUCGGGACAUGGAGUCGGGCACUGUCCUUUUUGAGAUCAGCAAGCCUCCGGCUUCGGAGCGGGACCUUAGCGACAAGCGGGACGUGGACCCCAAUGCUGGCCGCUUUGUCCGCUACCAGUUCACCCCAGCCUUCCUCCGCCUGCGGCAGGUUGGAGCCACUGUGGAGUUCACGGUGGGAGACAAGCCCAUCAAUAAUUUCCGGAUGAUUGAGAGGCACUACUUUCGGAACCAACUUCUCAAGAGCUUUGACUUCGAAUUUGGUUUCUGCAUCCCCAGAAGCAAGAACACCUGUGAACACAUCUAUGAGUUUCCCGCCCUGUCGGAGGAGCUAAUCAAUGAGAUGAUCCGCCACCCCUACGAGACACAGUCGGACAGUUUUUACUUUGUAGACAACAAGCUGGUGAUGCACAACAAGGCAGAUUAUUCGUACAGCGGGGGGCCGUGACCUCCCCCAAACCAAGGCUCUUUUUGGCCUCCAACUCUCCCUCCACCCCAGCUCCUGGCCCCGCCCUCCUUCAAGCAGAUGGUGUGAUUUGCUCCCUACUGCCUGGGGAGUGUGGGGGUGGGUCCCACCUUGUCAUAUAUCCCCUCUGCUGAAAGUCAUGGGGAUCCCCAAGGUCCCUGAGUGAGAAAUGGAGUCUGUCUCCAUCUCAGAGGCAUCUCUCUCCUCCUAUCUCAAUUGCUUGCCUCUUCCUGGAUGCUAGCCAGAUGCAUUUGUUGGGGUCUCAGAUUCUAGUUUGGGGAAGAUAGGCAUGUCCUCCUCUUCCAGGAAGGCCUUGGUGAGGGGGGAGGUUGAGAGGAGGUCAUUGGGCAAGGAUCUAGGAUAUUUAGGAGAUUCCAGGCAUUGGAGAAGUUCUGCUGAGCUCUCUUUACCUAGGGUAGCAGGAUGGGGGGGGGCCAUAGGGGUAACGGUCCCAUUCUAACCUGGUAGGGGGAGAGUUGGAAACAGUAGCAGCCUGCCCCCCUCCAUUAAUAACUCCACUUCCUACCUUUCUUGUUCUUCCGCUCCCACCCCAGGGUCUUCCCAGGGAAGGGGCCAGAGUCUGUUUGCGUUAAAUCUCUUAAGUCUUUCUCGUUGUCUAGUUGCUUUGGGGGAAGCACCUCCAGGCAGACCUGCUCCCUGGGCAGCCCAAGUCUGCCCAUCUCAGCCCCUCCAUCGCCAGGGGCGUCUCUGUCAUUCCUGUCCUUUUGGACCCAAUGUAGGGGUUACCCUUCCCUUCUCCGAGCACCUUGAGGCUCUCAGGGGUGGUGAUGGUGGUGGGGCUUAGAUGGAAUUUCUCCCCUGGAGGCCCCAAUUUGGAAGGUGCCCUCCCUAAGGAGGGCAUGAGCCUGGCCUUGACAGGAGGUACCUUAUCUAAGGAGGGGCACUGAGUCAGGCUCUGGUAGUCCGGGGCCUAAGGCCUCGAUUGUCUCCUCUUGGGUGGUCAAAGUGAGCUUUGAGGGUUAGUCAGGAGUGGCAGAGGUCACGCCUGGCCCGGGGUGGGAGCCUAUCAAGUGGGUUUCUGAUAACAAACUGCCAUCCCUCAGUGACUGCUCUUCCCUGGGAUUUUGAGAUUUUCCCUCCCAAAGAUGGGAAGCAGUGCUGCUCCCCCCCGCCCCCCCCCUCCUUCCAGCUCACUGCCCACAGCCUGGAUCAUAGUAUCUCUGUUCUAGGACUGGAUGGGACCUCAGGCCAUUGAGUCCAACGUUCUCAUUUUACAAGUCAAGAAACUGAGCCACCUUCUGAACCUGCUGUUAAGGGAGGGUCAGGCUGGAUGCAAAGCUUGAGGGGGGUUUCAGGGGGGGGAGGGCCAGGUUGCAUAUAGCCCAGCCUGACUGUAUAGAGAUUUCUGUAGGCCGCUGGAGUGAGUGAUGAGGAUGAAGUAGGGUCUGUGUGUGCAUAAGCCAUGAAGGUGAGGACUGACUAGCCCUGCAUUCAUUUCUGCCACACUCUUUCUACUGGGACUUGUAUCCUGGGUGCCUGGGUGCACAGAGAUGGAGAAGAGGUAGGACCCUUUGAAGCCAAACCCCCUUUCAUUUUACAACAAGGAAAACUGAGGCCAGGAGAGGCAAAAUGAUCCACAGUUAGACCCGGGGUAGACUCCAGUCUGCUGUAGUUGUUCCUCCCCUUGUGCUUCCUGCCCAAGGCCUCUCCCCUCUUUAUUCAUGGGGUACCUCUCCCAGAAGGGGGCUGGGCUGGCUGCAGAUCACCCCUGAGAGCCCUUGGCCUCCUCUGGGAUUCUGCCCGCCCCUGGGCACAGCUGAAGAGGGUCAGUUUGUCUUGGCCUUGCCUUUUUCCUAAUUCUCUUCCCAGACUCUCUCCCCGCCCAAGUGCCAAGCACUGGGCAAAGUGCUGGGAGUUACAAGGACAAUCAGGCUUAGAUCCUUUUUGACCUCCUGGGGCUUAAGUUCUGAUAGGAGAAGACUACCCAGAAAGGAGUGCUUUGGGCAGGGUGCAGUAGGAGGGAAUGGUGAUUGGAGUCACCAGGGAAAUGAUCCGGAUGCAUCAUUCCAGAAAAAAAAAAUCUACCUUCCUUCCCUGGGGUAUCUGCUUUUCCGUAGAAGACUCUCAUAGAUCCAAAGAGGAGUCCGGAUAAGAAGGGUAUUUCAGGCACUGCAACCUGGGGAGGGAGAUAUUUUGGGUAAUGAGAGGAUUUCUCCAUCUCUUCCAUCUAUUGUACCAUGAAGGUGGGUGCUGGCCUGCAAGGCCAACUCGGAUCAUUUCAGCGUGGGGCUGAACAAUUCAUCCUGAACCCAGGCGACCUAGAAAGAGUAGGAGGGAAGGGGAAAAUGAUACCUGCGAUAAAAAAAAGAAAUCCCUUGUGUGCCCGGGAUUGUCAAUCCCUGGCUCUAACAACCUGCAAAACUGAAGGAGAGGGUUUAGUUGGUGCAAUUUAGCUCCACCGAGAACAGCAGUGGGAGAGUGGGCUGAAACCAAGGAUGACUUCCUAAGGUUAUAGGCGAGAAUCAGACAAUAACAAACUUGUUGGCAUUGUAGAGGGCAUUGGGGAAAGAGCCAGGAGUGUGUGUGUGUGUGUGUGUGUGUGUGUGUGUGUGUGUGUGUGUGUGGUGGCAGUGAAUGAAUUGGGAGAAGGGAACAUGUUCAUCUGCCCUUUGGUUCAUGGCAGACAAAGGCAGUAUUGUAAGAACUAGUAGGCUGUCUCUGGAGUCAAGAAUUUGGGUUCAAACUCAACCUUCGCAAUUACCUGCGUGACCUCCCUGGGACUCAGUUUCCCCAUCUGUACAAUGAGGUUGGACUUGAUGGCUUCUGAGGUCCUUUCCAGCUCUGGAUCUAUCUAUUAUCCUUCUGGGCACAAAAGCAAAGCCUUAGUUUCCCAAUCCCAAGUAUGAGCGGUGGGUGGUUAGCAAGGUGUGUGUGUGUGUGUGUGUGUGUGUGUGUGUGUGUGUGUGUGUGUGUGUGUGAAGUCUCUCCUGUUUGGGUCUGCGGUGUGUGUGUGUGCGUUUUCUAAUCCAUUCAACAAAUGUUUAUCAAACAGUCCCAGUGUUCCAGACAUUGGUGACACUGAGAUGAAAGUGAUCUAUCUGUUCCCUGCCCUCAAAGAGCUUCCUUUCUACUUGGGAGAUAUUUCAAAUACACAGAAAAGUAAAUACAAAGGACUUGGGGAAGGGGCACAGUUCACGUCUCCCUGAGGGGUGUAUGGGUAUGUUUUCAGAGGAGGAAAGUAUCUUAUAACAAUCUUAGGUAACAUAUGGCUUGAAGGUUUUGAAGCGCUGUACAUUGAUUAUCUCAUUUGAUCUAGGUAGGGUCCAGGAUGGGAUGACACCUCUAAUGGGCUGGGAGCAAGAGGGAGAGAGCCUCUAGGUUGGAGGGGCCUAGAUCCUAGUCCAGAGGACCUGGCCCUGGGGCUGGGGCUAGGGAGUACCAUGGGGAUGAUGCACUGUUAUGUUGGUCGGGGAGUCAGGACUCCUGGGUUCACAGGCCAGUUCUGCUGCUAAUUAGUUGUGUGACCUUGGGUAUGUCACUUCACGUCUCCAUCUCAGUGUCCUCUGUAAAGUGGGGGGUGGGCUAGAUGGUUUCCAAGGUCCCUCCCAGCUCUAACAUAGUUUUGUUGCCCAGGGCUUUACACUGUCAGACAAUUCAGGCUGGGCUAGAGCUGAGAUUAGAGUGUUUGGGUCAGAUGUUAACUAGGUUGUGACAGGGGCUGGGAUAAGGAGCGGACCCCCUUUCUCCCCGGUGGUUCCAGCUCUUCCUCACGACUACCCGCUGUGUUCCACUUUUGGGUGUGUGUUGGGAAUAGACCUUUCCCUGUCCGGGAGUGGCUUUUCAGUCUCAAGCUUCUUAUUCGGGUUAAUGUUGACAAUUUGUGAAUUUGGACUAUUGUUCUACCAUAUACAGGAUUCUAUCAUAUUUCAAUUUCUGAAAUCAAUACCUUUUGAAUUCCAGAUCCAUUAAAUUUCCUUUUUGUUG